AUGGUUACUGUCGGUAUCAACGGUUUCGGACGUAUCGGUCGUCUUGUCCUCAGAGUUGCCUUGAAGAGAUCUGACAUCAAGGUUGUCGCCAUCAACGAUCCAUUCAUUGCUCCAGAAUACGCUUCCUACAUGUUCAAGUACGACUCCACCCACCGUGUCUACCAAGGUGAAGUCACCUCCGAAGGCCAAAACAUUGUCAUUGACGGUAAGGCCAUCAAGGUUUACGGUGAAAGAGACCCAUCCAACAUCCCAUGGGGUGCUGAUGGUGUUGACAUUGUCAUUGACUCCACUGGUGUCUUCAAGGAAUUGGACACUGCUCAAAAGCACAUUGACGCUGGUGCCAAGAAGGUUGUCAUCACCGCUCCAUCUUCUACCGCUCCAAUGUUUGUCAUGGGUGUCAAUGAAGACAAGUACGCUGGUCAAACCAUCAUCUCUAACGCCUCUUGUACCACUAACUGUUUGGCUCCAUUGGCCAAGGUUAUCAACGACGAAUUCGGUAUCGAAGAAGGUUUGAUGACCACUGUCCACUCCAUCACCGCCACCCAAAAGACCGUUGACGGUCCAUCCCACAAGGACUGGAGAGGUGGUAGAACCGCUUCUGGUAACAUCAUCCCAUCUUCCACCGGUGCUGCUAAGGCCGUUGGUAAGGUUAUCCCAGAAUUGGCUGGUAAGUUGACCGGUAUGUCUAUGCGUGUCCCAACCGUCGAUGUUUCCGUUGUUGACUUGACUGUCAAGUUGGUCAAGGGUGCCACUUACGAUGAAAUCAAGGCUGCCAUCAAGAAGGCCUCUGAAGGUAAGUUGAAGGGUGUCUUGGGUUACACUGAAGACGCUGUUGUCUCCACCGAUUUCUUGGGUGACUCCAGAUCUUCCAUCUUUGAUGCUGACGCCGGUAUCUGGUUGUCUCCAAAGUUCGUCAAGUUGGUCUCUUGGUACGAUAACGAAUACGGUUACUCUACCAGAGUCAUUGACUUGGUUGAAUAUGUCGCUAAGGCUUAA